UUGAUAAAAUAGAGGAGGAAGAGGGGAGAGGAGUCUGAGGCCGAGUAGCAGCAGGAGUGUGAGGAGGAGGAGGAGGGCGAAAACAAGAGGGAGGAGAGGGAGGAGGUGGAGGAGGAGGAGGAGGAGGAGGAGGAGGACGCAAAGUUCUGAGCGAGGUGCAAAGAUGGAGUCGUUCUCCUUUCAGCAAUUGAGGGCUUACCGAACGGCAGCGAUUCUUCUCUCACUUGUUCUCGCUGUGGAUGCUGUCGCUCGUGCGAGCUAUGGCGCUGAAUCCUCUCCUCAUCGUCAUCGCCAAAGUGAAAGUGUGGCGGGGCGAAGAUGGGGGGGUGCCUUCAUGGAAUAUGCUCAUGGCCAUGUCGAUGCUCGAAUGGACCAGCAGACCAAAGACGAGAGGAUUGUCGGCGGAGCAAAGACCAACCGGACUGCGUUCCCCUACAUCGUUCUGUUAUCGAUCUUGAAAGACAAUGACGAGUUCUUUUGCGGCGGCACUCUCAUCGAUAGACAGUAUGUUGUCACUGCCGCCCACUGUGUGUUGAACAGCAGUGUGCUAGUGGUUCCUGCUAGGUCAAUCACCGUUUACGCUGGAUCUACGCUACAGAAGCAAGGAACAAAAGUUGGUGUCAACCGCGUGUGGAGUCAUCCAAGCUUCAACUUUUAUGCGAAUGACGUGGCUCUUCUUCAGCUAAGGAGUGCCCUCAGGAUCACCCCCACGGUGAUGCCCAUCAAGCUCGCCUAUGAUGACACCCCGUUGAAAGAUGGUUCCGACCUUAGCAUCAGCGGCUGGGGCAGCCUUUCUGCUGGUGCUGGAAGCGUCGCCGCCAAUCUACAGGGUGCUACCGUUAAUUACUUGCCCAACGGAUGUGGGAGGUACAAGAAGCCAGAUUACUCGGAGUACGUGCCCAGCGUGAUGAUCUGUGCAGGCUGCAACGCGGGUAGGGUUGACACAUGUCAGGGCGACAGCGGGGGUCCUUUGACGACUCUCUCCGUCUCCAACGGUUGCCCCAUCCUUGCUGGACUCACCAGUUUCGGCGAGGGCUGCGCUGAUGCUGGUUUCCCUGGAGUGUACACGAGAUUGAGCUCCCAAGUGUCCUGGCUGGAGAAACAGGCGGGGAGAGUAUUCCGCAGCCAGUACGCAAUGGCCCCACCGUCUACCUGCGACACGUGUGCAGGCGCUACCAAAGGCAAAUGUGGCCUCGCUCCGGGGUUCAAUGCCAACGCUUGCCAGAUUGAGGGGUACCUUGCGUCCGCCUUUGUAGUCCGGCUGAAGACCUGUUCCAAGUCCGCAACAGGCGCGUCUCUACCAAUCGAGGCCCUAUUCAACCCCGUGAGUUUCGGUACGUUCAAGCCCACCGGCUCAGUCUUCUUCCUCAGGUCACAGUCUGAGGGGUCCAGUACUGUCAACCUGGGGGGGGUUAACGUAAUUGUACCCCUUAGCGGGCCCGUGGAUUUCAGAAAUGGCACCUUUUACAGGAGUUACUGGCGUACUCUCUGGCUGCCUGACGCUGAUGUACCCACUAGGACUUGCAGCAAUUACUACACCUAUGCAGCGGCGUACAUAUCGUCGGACAAGAAGUUCAUUCAAGUGAGCAACACUAUGCGUACAACCAGGAGUGUGUGACGAUCCUGGUUCUCGUCCUCUCGUCCCAGUCGAGGUCCCGGUGGUGACCCUGGUCCAGAGCUUGGCCCAGAUUGUCAGCGGACCAGCGGUUCAUUCGAGUGUCACUGAGAGCACCACUGUGCGUCUGACCAGGAGUCCGUGAUGAUCCUGGUCCGUCGAACACGCGCCCUAGUCGAGGUCCUCGCCCUGAUCCUGGUAUAGAGGGAUCGCCAUCCCCUGGUCGCAGUCGAGGUCCUCGCCCUGAUCCUGGUCCAGAGCGUCGUCUGGGUCGUCAGCGGGCAAGAAGUGCAUUCAAGUGAGAGAGAGAUCUACUCUGCGUCAGACCAGGAGUCUGUGUCUUGUCUUAAUUUUCUGAGUUCAUACUCAUUUGCGUAAUCUGCACUGGAGUCUACCCGUGCUUGUGUGUAGCUUUGGAUUGUCCAUGUGUUUCAGGGCAUACUCACACUAGUAGGACCUUUUUACUUAUUUCUGGAUGGAUAUGCAGCCAGAUACAUCCAGGUCCGGCCGUAAUUAGGGUCAGAUACAUACAGAAGAGUUGUAGACUAAGUGUGAGUAUGCCCUCAGAGUGAUGCAUCCUAACACUAAGACUCUCACCCUCCGAUGAGAUUCUCUUUGUUUUUUUAAAUUUUUAUAGAAACUUAGAGAGGAAAUUUUAUUACUGGGGCCCAGCGCCCAAGGC